GGCGCAAUGGUGCCGAGGAAGAUCCCUUGCGACCCAGAUCCGCCCCAGAUGCCCGCCGACCCCGGGGGGAACACCCUCGACGAUGCACGUCGGUUGCCUGCCCGCGCGUGGUCUUCGCAAUCACCCUGCCCGUGUUGGGGCGGGCAGAUGUCGGGGAUGAGCGGGUGCCCACCGGUGCGUCCAGCGAGCGGGGCCUUUCGCGAGCAUUUUUGCGCGCAAUGCCGCGACGGCACGCUCUUCAUCCCCGCGUCCCGGAUCCGAAUUGUGGAGGUUGGAGGAGCUGAGCUUGCAAACACGCAGUCGGGUGGGGUUUGGAACGAGCCGGCGCGCAGCCCUGGCCGCCGCAAGCGGCCGCGUGCGCCUCUCCCUGCCCACCGCGUCAUAAACCAGACCGUGUGCUCCACUGGCCCAAAGCUUGUGGUGCUCCGCGACGACGAGACGACGGCGCCGCUGCCCGGCCUCGUGCGCCUCUCGGACGCGCUGAGCUGCAGCAUGAUCGGCUUCAAGGUUGGAAAGACGCUCAAGCCCCUCGCCCCCCUCUCGCGGGAAGAGCCGGCAUCGAGCUCGCCAUCAAGCGAGCCCUCCUCGCUCGACUCGAGGGACAGCGGCUUUGAGGCUCAUCCGGCCGCCGCCUGGCUGCAGCGGCAGCCUCCCUCGCUCUGCGGGCAGCCUCCCUCCUGGACGCUCGAGGACCUGCUCGAUGCGACCGCCGCCGCGCUGCACGGCGAGGCAAGCCUGCACGGCGAGGCCGCCUCACUGCACAUGGCGCCGGCCGGCGCGCUGCAGCUGCCGCCCGGCGAUGAGGAGGGCGGAUACGCCACGUCCGGGACGUACUCCGCGGCCGCCUCGCACGACCCGUGCUAUGCGGAGGCGGGGCCGGCGGCAGGGCUCGCGAGCGGCGAGGCGGGGGAGGAGUUCUUGCGGCUGCUCUUCUCGCCCCUCCUCUCCCCUCCCGCGUCGCCGCCCGAGCCGUCGCCGCAGUCGCCCGCCCUGCCGCCGGCCAACGGCAAGCUGCUGCUGCCCUCCCCCACCCGCCCCCCGGCCCUCGGAGGGCCGCCCUCUGGCCUCGCUCUCGCCAUCGCCGUCCCCUUCACGGUUGCCAUCUUCGGGCCGCGAGGAAUCCUCUCGACAGCGCUCGAGACGUCGCUCGCAAACCACUCGCACAACCUGCUCCACCUCGCCCUCGCCGUGCCGUGGCCCUGCAUCGCCUACCUCGUGCAGGUGAUGCGGCUCGGCGUGCACGGCGCGGCGCGCUGGUGGAUCGCCUACGUGCUCUCCGCCCUCUCCUUCCGGAUCUUGGGCGUGUGUCUCUACCCGCUCGACGUCCUCUCGGCGUCGCGGCUGGCGGCGGCGCUUCUGCUGUGCGCCUUCUUCCUCGGCGGGUGUCUGCUGCACACCAUCGUGUGUGUCCGCCUCCAGCUCGCGGGCGAGGGUGGCUUCGGCCUCUUCCCCGCGUCGGGCGUCGAGUACCUCUUCAUCUUCGGCCUGCCCCUCCUGGCCGGGGGAGCGCUCGGCUCGCUCGUCCGCGCCGGGCUUGGCCGCGUGCUUGGGCGGGCGGGCGGGGGAGCGCUCCAAGAGAAGCAGCAUCUUGAAGAGCAGCGGUGCUAG